GCGGGCGGGCAGAGGCGGCUCGUGUCGUGGCGGUCGCUGGCGGCCACCGCCGUGCUGGGCGGGGGGCUGCUGGUCGGCAUGAAGGCGGUGAAGCGGCGCAAGGAGCAGGAGCUGGAGAAGGAACGAAACCGAAGCAUUGGGAAGCCACUGCUGGGAGGGCCCUUCUCGCUCGUGAGCCAUGAGGGGCAGCCCAGAACCAGCAAGGACUACAUGGGCCAGUGGGUGCUGAUCUACUUUGGCUUCACUCACUGCCCUGACGUCUGUCCCGAUGAACUGGAGAAAAUGAUUGCGGUGGUAGAUGAAAUUGAACAAAUUCCAUCUUUGCCUAAUCUGACCCCACUCUUCAUCACCAUCGAUCCUGAGAGGGACAACCAAGAAGCCAUUGCCAAAUAUGUUAAAGAAUUUUCUCCAAAGCUGGUCGGGUUGACUGGUACCAGGGCACAGAUUGACCAAGUGGCUAAAGCUUAUCGUGUGUACUACAGCGAGGGCCCCAAGGAUGAGGACAAUGACUACAUAGUGGAUCACACUAUAAUAAUGUACCUCCUUGGGCCUGAUGGUGACUUUGUGGACUAUUAUGGCCAGAAUAAGAGGAGCACUGAGAUUUCAGCUUCUAUUGCUGCACACAUGAGAAAAUACAGAUCCUAAAACACAAGGUCUUCAAAGAUUGCUGUGAACAUCACCUGUGGGUUUGGCUGUGGUUGGACACUGGCAUUAAAGCAGAAGCACACAAGUGUAACAUCCUAUCACAACAUGCGUCCUUUCUUCCAAACAAGAAAGGCAAUCCUGUUUCUGCAAAUUACCAUUACCAAAGAUCUCUGCAGAGCCUUCCCUGUGGAUAUUAUUUGCAGCAAGAUCUAGGCUACCAAGUGAAAUUUGGGACUUCUCUGAAACAUUGUUGGGAGCAAAAAAUGCAAAGCACUUUUCAUUUGGGAAGAAUGUGUGUGCUGUUGGUAAAAUUAACUGGUAUCUCCUGGCAAGACACCAGCAAAGGACAGUCACUGCAGGAGGACUGCUUGGUGAAAAGCCAUGGGGCCAUGGCAUUCUCAGAGGAGCUCUGCCCUUUGGUUCUUCCAUACUGUCUUGCCUUCUGGGAGAGGCAGUUGCACUAUUAAAAGCAGGAGAGCCUUAAGAGCGCUCCUUUAUCCAGGUUAAGAAGGUGAAGAGCAUGGAAAGCACCGUCAGCUUCCGUGCGUGAGACCAGCCUUGUAGCGUGCCUGAUCUCUUCAUCUGAAUGCAGAAAUGAAAGGGGGUUUUCUGAUGAUUUUUCCAGGUGAACACUGUUCACUUGUAAGGAAAAGAGAAAUGGGUUGCAAAUAGGUUUUUCUUCUGGUGUAAAUGAUUGUGUGCAUAGUUGCUCUGCUUGUGCUGAGCAGGGAAGUAGGAGGGUGGAGGGGGCUGUGUCCAUGCAGAGGGCUGGCAAUCAGAUGCAUUUUAUGCAGUGCAGCGUUUGAAAAUAAAGAUUUCUUUGUAUAGGCAA